AAAAUAUAUAUUUAUAUAUAUAUAUAUAUAUAAAACGGAAACGUUUGUACGACACGAGAGUCUCCACAACGGGAUAAACAAUACCACUAUUUCCGCUCUUCCACAGAACACGUUGCUGUCUUUGAAGAAUGGCCUUCGUAGCUCGUCGCAAUACUGAGGGCAAGUUGGUCGAUUGUCAGGUGAUUUCUGGACUGGGCACUAGCUCAAUGCCCAUGUCCGAUUUAAGUGACGAGGAUACUGAUUCUGGUACAGUGCAAGGCUACAGUAAUCGCUCCUAUGUAUCGCCCACUGUACGCUAUGUGGCGUCUAAAGAGGAGGACGAUGACCUCGAGAGCUGUUACACAUUUGACGGCACUCGUGGUCGUGGUGCCAACAAUUUGGACUCUGAUCUCGAAUCAGUGGCGAGCUUUGAUGUAGAUCGCUAUGACAACUGCAAAGGCAAGAAUACAAAUAAUGGGGAUAAUGAUGUUGGCGCUGAGAGUGAUUAUCAAUUGGAUGUCGCCAGCGAUGAGGAGACCGUCAUGCAGACACGCGAUGAUGCAGUUGAGCGCAGGGAUCUGAAUCAGUAUUCAGGCAACGAUGACAAAUUUCAGUCAGAUGAUCUCGAUUCGAUUGAUGGCGACACCGUUUGUAGCCCCCGAGAUGAUGAAAAGAUACACCCAGAUGCUCUAAGUCUGGAUUCGUUUGAUGGCCCCAUUGCAUGCCAUUCGCGCAUGUCGGCUAAUAUGCAGCCAGAGGAUGCACAGAGCACGAGCUCCAUCGAUAGCGUCACACCUAGCCUUGGGCCCACUCUGCAUCCCGAGGAUGCACUCAGCCUGGGCUCUGUUGAUAGCACCACCGUUUGCCGUUUUAUGGACCCGGCCAAUUCGCUGGACAACGACAACGAUAACGAUAACGAUAACGAUAACGACAACGACCAAGCGGAUACACAGAGCCAGAUGACCAAUCGAACAUACAAUUUGAAGUCUUCCACAGUACGUCGGGAUGAUUGCUCCUCGGCAUCCACUUGCAGCUGGACUGAUAUGUACGGCGGCGCACUCAAGCCCUCCGAGAGCCGCAGCAAUAUUGUGCCAUCGCUGAGCCUGAAUAUGUCGACCACCUCCUCGUCGGGCUCGUCCACAUACUUUCGCAAUCUGGACGAGGAGAAGGAACGACAUGGCCAAGAGGCCUAUCAGGAGUGGGUGAAGCGCAAGGAGCGUCAAAAGCAACAGAAGCAACAGGCUGCCAAACAAGAGCGCGAGAAGCGUGAUGCAGAGACCGCAAUGCGUCAGCGUCUGGCCAAGGAGCGCUAUCAGGAAUGGGUCAGGCAGAAGGAGCUGCAGCAGAAGAAGACUGCAACUGGCAGUAUCAAGAGUACUGCCAGCUACAGUAGUUAUUCGAGCAGCUCCAGCUUUGGCAGCGCCAUGGCGCCCAGCAGCAGCAGCGUCAAGCCGACACGCAAGGAAACCCCAGAGGCCACCAAGAAGCGCCUGGAGGAAUGGGAGCGCGUCAAGACUCAGCAACAGCAGCGCGAACGUGAACGUCAGCGUCAGAAGCAGCAGAGCAAAGAGCAGCUAGAGAAACAGCGCAAGCAAAAGUCCGAGGGCGCCUGGCAGAAUUGGAUGAAAUCGGUGGGCAACCGGCCCAAACCGGUGCCCCUGAAUCAGGGCUUCGAUACAUUGCGUGGCACCAUAUCCAAUAUAUAUGUCAAUCCCGUUCAGUGGGUCUCCAAUAUCGAUUCCAAUGGCUCACGCGGCAAUUGAGCAGGGAGCUCUAUUGGAGCUCUAGUCGUUUUCAUCGGCAUUUCAAGAAAUCUCAACAAAAAAAGUACAAAAACUGAUCUUCUAUUAAAAGGUCCAAUAAUCUCCAACACACAUUUGGCUCUUACGACCCCUCGGUGAUCUUGGACCCAACAAAAAAAAAAAAAAA